UUUCUUCUUUCUCCACAGAGCUUCCCUUGAUGUCUCUCCUCCAGAAGUCUCCCUCCUCUCCAGUCAGCUGCCACGCUACAGGUUUCUACCCCGACAUAGCCAUGUUGUUCUGGAGGAAAGACGGAGAGGAGCUUCAUGAGGACGUGUACGUCGGAGAGGUCCUCCCCAACCAUGACGGGACCUUCCAGAUGAGCRCUGACCUGCAGGUUUCAUCAAUCCCACCUGAAGACUGGAGGAGGUACGACUGUGUGUUCCAGAUCUCUGGUGUGAAGGAGGACAUCGUYAAAAGACUGGACAAAGACUCAGUGGAGUCCAACAGAGAGAAGCCCACUGACRUGACCACCAUCAUCAUCAUCGCUGCAGUGGUCGGUGUCGUCCUCGCUGUCAUUGGAUUCAUCGUGUACAGGAAKAGRAWUGGUGAGAGACCAACACAGAAGCUUUGGACUCACUCUCUGAAGAAUUUCUACACUGGGUCCUCUCAAGUCCCAAACUUUCCAGAGUUUGUGUCUGUUAGUCUGGUUGAUGAAGUUCAGAUGAUUCACUAUGACAGCAACACAAAGAAAGUAGAACCCAAACAGGACUGGAUGUUGAAGGCAACAGAUUCACA